AUGGAGACUCAAAUGAGCCAAAUGGCAAUUGCCAUUAAUCGCCUGGAGUCCCACAUUUAUAGCAAAUUGUCAUCACAACCCGAGGUAAAUCCCAAGAAUGUAAGUGCUAUGACACUGAGGAGUGGCAAGAAAGUGGAGGGACCUAAAGAAAGUUCGAAAAGUAAAAGUGAGGAGGAGAUAGAAAAGGAGAUUGAAGAGAAAGGAUGCAUUCGCGAGAACCCUAAGGUAACAUUCACUCCUCCACCCCCUAUUAAAUCUAAUUUACCUCCUUUUUUUUGCAGGUUGGAAAAGACAAAGAAAGUAGAGAAGGAAAAAGAACUUUUGGAUGUGUUCCGAAAAGUGGAGAUCAACAUCCCCUUAUUGGAUGCAAUCAAUCAGAUACCAAAGUACGCCAAAUUUUUGAAAGAUUUGUGCACCCACAAAAGGAAGUUACGGGAUGAUGAAAGAGUGGCGGUGGGAGAAAAUGUGUCAACUAUACUCCAAAGGAAACUCCCACCAAAGUGUGGGGAUCCAAGUAUGUUCACAAUUCCUUAUAAAAUAGGAGGUACCCCAAUUAGGAAAGCGAUGUUGGAUUUAGGGGUGUCAAUAAAUGUAAUGCCUAAGACUAUUUAUGGGUCUUUUAAUGUUGGGCCAUUAAAAGGCACGGACAUUAUAAUCCAACUAGCAGACCGUACCAAUGUUUAUCUAGAGGGGUUGGUUGAAAAUGUCUUGGUACAGGUCAACGAGUUAGUUUUUCCCGCAGAUUUUUAUGUCCUAGAUAUGGGGGAUGAAAGGUCAUUAAAUCUAUCGCCUCUUUUGUUAGGUAGACCAUUUUUAAGCAAUGUUAGGACAAAAAUAGAUGUGAAUGAGGGUACUUUGUAA